AUGAGGUUUGGAGAAAUGGAACCCCGCGAGAACAGCAAUUAUGAUUGGUCACGACGAAUGAAUACUUACGAUAUUCCUCAUACUCCAGAAAAUGCUAAGCUUGAGCCCGAAGCUUUGUCGUCCCUGAACUCGAGUACUUCAAACCCCACGACUGUUAUUCGAUUUCAUAAUGCUCGUAUCCUUCAGAACCAAGUAUUCUACAGCUCAUCUACACAGCGGUCACCAGAUCUCUAUCUUCCUCCAUUUCAGGGCCCUAUCAACAAUGCAGAUUCUCUACCGAACUCAGUACAAAGUAAUGAAUAUGAAAAAUUCACGACUAAUGUUAACGCCAGUACAUAUUUCCCACCCACGGAGAAAACCUCAAACAAACCAUUACAAAUGGAAAUGAUCCAAAACAGUGACUCAUUAUCUACAUCACUGCGGGAUAAGGCUCACAACUAUGAUCCAAAUUUGCCUUCGCCUGUUGAUAGUACACCAUAUAUACUCUAUGCAAUUGACCAACUGUCUCGCGCAGAGGGGGCAAGAUCGCCUGCAAUCCUCCCUAAUGCCUCAUGUUGCGACAGCUACCCUGUUGAGCGUAUUCUUCCCAACUAUGGUCUAGGAUACACAACGUCAGGCCCGUGCCACGAGAUCGCUCCCGUGGAGUGGAGUCCUAAGAGUGAUGCGACAAAACUCCCCGGCCCAGAAUUUGCUCUACAUUAUAUGUCACCAGAGAGGGAGCGAGAGGGUCUCGCAUUAACUAGAAAGUAUCGAUCAUCCCCUGACCCCAGUCGUCUCUAUUCAGUUAUUACAUCUGAACCUCAAACCAGCUCACCCGGAAUUCCUACAUCACCUAUUUCCAACUGUAGCGACAUUUUCAUCCCCACCGGUCAGCCUAAGAAUUCUAGCAGGUUUCCUGACCUCACAUUCGUGCCUAGGAUUCUAAGACCAAUUUCAAUGAUAAUACUAUCAUUCUUCUGUCUAUGUAUAAUCAUUUCGUUAGUGGUUCUCGCCGUUUGUUUCCGCGAUAAUGGCAUACGAGAAUGGAGCGGUGAGAGCUCUUACCGCGGGGAUUUUAUCUUUCGCUUUCUGCCUCAAAUUAUUGCAGGCAUCGCUUUUAUUUAUGUCCAAUCUAUCAUGUCAGCUAUCACAAGGAUUAUGCCUUUUGUGUUACUGGCUAAUCCCGAGGUCCAAGGCCAUAGUAAUGCCUUGUUCGCAAGGAUAUACCCUCUCACAACAUUGCCAACAAGAAGCGGCAACGUUCCCACUGAUAUUUUUAUGUUUUUUUACUGGCUCUCAGUCUUCACUAUUCCGCUACAGAGCUCUUUGUUUUCCCCCGCCUUGCUGAAUGGUAGCUGGCGUUGGCUUACCGUUCAGGGCAUAGCCUGGGCUCUAGUGGCUUUAUAUGUUUUGAUAUUGAUAGCCGCAAUCGGGACGGGCUGCUUCUUUCACAAACUUACCACUGGGCUCGUAUGGGACCCUCGAUCUCUGGCUGACAUCAUAGCCCUACUGCCACGGAGCAAUUCACUUAACAAAUUUGCUGGUACUGAUAUUUUGGCCUCGAAAGAAGAGAUACGAAGAAAACUAGGCUGGCGCAGCGAUCGUCUAGGCUAUUGGCGAACACCAAACCCUUACCAAGAGGUAUUUUACUGUUUCGGUCAGGAAGGCGUGGCAGAGGCUCAAAACACGUCUAUGUAUAGCUUAUUCCACGACCGGAUAUUGAACUUCAACAGUCAGCGCCUUGUUGAUGCAGAGAAGGCUGUACGACGUCAUGACCCUAGAAUCCGCUUCCGCUAUAUUCCUUGGUACCUGCGAGAUUAUUCUGUUGGCCUCUGGUUCGCUCUGGGCUUUGCUUUCCUCCUCGCUCUCUCCAUCGCCGCCUUCCUUCCACGAGUCGCCAUUUGGCACAGCUUUUGUCCCCUUGUUAGCGUUGGAACCGACUCGGCCGGAUUUUCUAACGCUUAUUUCCUCUACAGCUUUGUGCCUUCACUAGUAGGCAUGGUGCUCUAUCUGCUUUAUCAGCCCUUAGAUAUGGGACUUCGCGUCCUUAAGCCCUGGAUCGAACUAUCCAAUGUUGAUGGCACCACGGCUGAUGAAUCCUUGUUAUUAGACUAUCCUGCUAGCUACCCCAUCCAAGUGACUCUAUCCGCGAUUUCCGCCGGCCACUACCUUAUCGCCACUACGUCCUUCCUCUCAACCAUUUUCAUCCUCCUACCAAUUCUAGCCGGUGGCCUCUUCUCGCCCUUCGUCAGCUCUAUCAGUGAGGGCGAUAGGCUCAUUCUUAACAUGUCUGCCUUCAUCCCCCUCCUCCUUCUACUUACCCUUUACAUCGUCGGACUUCUACUACUUCUCCCUCGUCUUCAUCGAAUGUAUCUCCCGCAUGGUAUCUCUUGCUUGGCCGAGGUCAUAGCUUUCUUUCACAACAGUCAUGUUAUUGAUGAUGCUGCCUUUUCCUCGGCCCGGUCUAAAACUGAGCUAACGACUCGUCUAUUGGCCGAAAAGAGUCGCGGUGGUAUGCAUCGCUGGGCUUUCGGCAUUUACAAGGGCAGGAAUGGCAAGGAUUCGCUAGGAAUUGAGCGAGUUGGCCGCAAUCCGGGCGUCGGCUUAAUGAUUCUCAGCCGAUAG